UGUAACACGUAGAAAGUUCCGGAUUAGCCAAAGGUCGACAAUUUUCUAAGCGAGUGAGGCGAUAGUUGUGUUUCUUUUUUAUCAGUCUGCUAAAUAUACACUUUUAGAUUUAAAAAUGCCAAGAGGAAGCAGAAGCCGGACCUCCAGAAUGGCCCCUCCAGCCAGCCGGGCUCCACCUCCGCCUAUGGCUAGGGCUGCACCUCCUCCCUCCUAUGCCCCUGCACCAGUCCAUGCUCCUCCAUCCGCUGUAGGUGCUCCCGCUGCAGCACCCAGGCAGCCAGGUAUGUUUGCUCAGAUGGCAACUACAGCCGCUGGAGUUGCAGUUGGCUCCGCAGUUGGACACACCAUUGGCCACGCCAUGACUGGAGGCUUUGGUGGAGGAAGCUCUGAGCCUGCCAAGCCCGACGUCACAUAUCAGGAGCCAUACCAGGGCCAGGCUCAGCCCAUGUACCAGCAGCAGCCACAGUCCAUGUACCAGCCACAGUCCAUGUACCAGCAGGAGGCCCCCCAGCAACAGCAGGCCUGCUCCUAUGAGCUCAAACAAUUUAUCGAUUGUGCCCAAACCCAGAGCGACUUCAAGCUCUGUGAGGGCUUCAGUGAGGUGCUUAAACAAUGCAAGUUUGCUAAUGGUAUGUCCUGAGAAAACCUUUGGAGAACAAGAAGCACGCACAAACUGACCUAAGCAAUCAUACAGGAAAAGAAAACCGAAAUGACAAGAGAUUAAUAAACAUGUUUUAUCUUGACAGCUGAUUAUGAUCAGACAUCUUUGUAGUCUUUUCUCAGGAUAGUGCAGCAGAGCUUGUUAUUCAUGUCUUAUAAAUAAUGUUUAUAUAUUUUGGUUGUGCAUGCUUUGAGUUGAUACUAGUUUUGGUUUUCAUUAGCUUUAGUGCAUUAAUUUAUGUGCUGCAUUUGUAGAUCAAGAUAACUUGCAAAAACAACUGUUUCAACAAUUGUGGAUUUAAAAGUCUGUAACAAAUCUUAGUUUCAAAACAAUAAAGCACUUGAAUCAUACAAUAAA